AUGCCUCGCACCCUGACCUACGGAACCGAGAGCGCUGCAAACAAGGCAAUUGGUGGAGUUCCAACAAUCCACUACGUUGACUUCAAGUUCCGAGGACGAGGUCAAGUUUUCCGACUAUUUCCCAUUGUAAGGGUGUCCAAUCAAAUUCUGUGCAGAGGAAAACCAACUGAGGUUAAGGAUGCCGGCGCUGCCUACGAAGACAUCCGAUACAACUUCGAGAAAUUGCCAGAACACAAGCGAGCCUUCGCCGAGAUGAACCCAACUCGCGGCAUCUCCAUCAUUGAGAUGCCCAAAGGCAAGAUCCUCACGCAGAGCUACGCUAUCCUCAGACACUGGGCCAGAAAGAUGGGUGGCUACGACGGAAAGACUGAAGACGAGAAGUACUGGGUCGACGCCAUCACCGACAUCGUCAUUGACUGCCCAUCUCCCAUCCCCAUUCGAGGCUCCGAGCUUUCUCGCCGGGGACCGUUCGUUGCUGGCCACGAGAUCACGUAUGCGGACUUGUUCCAGCUGUUCCAUGAUGAGAAUCUCAUCCAGGAUGGGCGAAGGGGGCUCCAGGAGUACCCGAGGUUAGUGCAGUUGGUGGAUGCUGUGCAGAACAGACCGGACAUCAAGAAGUUCUUUAACAGCGAUGCAUACUUGGGUUAA